AUGAGUACAACAUCAGAAACACAUGAAAUUGAUUCGAACUUAGAUAUUAUUAAAAACACUCUAGGUGUAAUUGGAGCUAUCAGAGACGCAGCACAACCAUACUUGCCUCUAAUUUCAACUGUGACAACUAUUAUUGCAGAAAUAUUUAACAUUUAUGAGAAU